AUCAUUUUUAAUGGACGCAUUGGGUAGUUGUGGCGGCGCUGGUGGUCUCUGGGGGUGGAAUGGCUUCAAUCAACGGAGAAAAAAGAAACCCUCCGGAGAUAAAGGUAAGCGAAGGAAUUCCGGAUCCUCGGAUUCCGUCGACGUGAGCAGAGACGCCGGCGGUUAUCGGUUUCCUUUGAAGCAAGCUGUGACGGCCGGCGCACUCACUUUCACCGGUGACACGAUAGCUCAGCUAUCUGGGAGAUGGAAAAAGAGAACCUCACUUAAACAAUCAUCUUCUGAGCUUGACGAGGGGGAAUUGUGGAAUAUUUUCUCAGAACAUGACUGGAUUCGUGCGUUGCGGAUGAGUUCUUACGGGUUUCUCCUAUAUGGCCCAGGCUCUUAUGCAUGGUAUCAAUUCCUUGACCAUUCUUUGCCGAAACCAACCGCAACAAAUCUAGUGCUUAAGGUUCUGCUAAACCAAGUAAUCCUCGGUCCAUCUGUGAUUGCUGUUAUAUUUGCUUGGAACAACUUGUGGCUGGGAAAGCUUUCUGAGCUCGGAAACAAGUAUCAGAAAGAUGCUCUUCCAACACUUCUAUAUGGAUUUCGCUUCUGGGUUCCCGUUAGCAUACUUAACUUUUGGGUCGUCCCGCUUCAAGCUCGUGUAGCGUUCAUGUCCAUGGGUUCUGUGUUUUGGAAUUUUUACUUAUCUUCAACUAUGAGCAAGUAGAUACAUAUAUAUUUGUAUUCUUCAGCCUCGCAGAGCGAGUAUAUCAUUCUGAAAAUUUUCAAUACCAACCAAACAGGCCGACGUGGAACCUCGUCUAGAAGCAGUUUCAAAACUCUCUUAGGUUUCUAAGUUUUGUAAGUGAAUGAUAGGUUUCAGACUGUUAAAUAUAUUUCUGUUUGUUGUUAUACCUCUAUCACAUCUUACAAUGAAGAUUUUGUUUUUAUAAAAAAAAUAAUAAUAAUAUAGGCAUUGCAUAUA